UCUCAGCUUCCUUUUUAUAACAAUCAGUUUUUAAUGAAUUUUUUAACUAGUAAAAAUACCUAGAAUUUCAAAAAAUCAAGUUAUACCAGUGAUAAGUACCCUCUAUUACUUAGGGACAUGCAACUCCAGAAGAUUUCACUGUAUUCAUUACAAAAUUUAAGUAAAAUCAACCAGACAUCGCCAGGGAUGAAGACCUUCUUGUCCAACCUUCGCAGCCGUGGCACCAAGUGUUGGGCCCCACUGAUGGCAAAUAAAAUGCAAUUGGCGGAGCAACAUCGUCUGCCCCGUACCUCCCAGAGUAAGAGCUCAAGCCAGCAUCCUACAACCUCAAUGCAAGCUCUCAAGCUCCAUGAUCAGGAGCAACCCAAGUGCAGAUUCAUUCAAUACCGGCGUGCCAAUGAGCAGGUGAAGCGUCUGGGCAUGGUCUCUGAGGAUGGCAGCAAGAUGGUGGAAUUGUCCAACGUCACCUGCGCCUCGCCCAGCAUGCUCGACUUCAUUCGGCAGCGGUACUGCAUGAAGAGUCUCCUGCACAGUGUGCAGUACAUGAAGGCCAAGGAUGUGGAUUCGGAGAGUCCUGAGCUACUGCCGCCUCUUGAGACGCCCGGCAAGAUCAUAGGCGUGGACUGCAAUUACAGGGAUAAUUGCUAUGAGCAACGCAUUCCGAUACCACGGGAACCCGCCUUCUAUGUGAAAUUUGCCUCCUCCAUAAUGGGGGCAUUGGACAUCAUUGCGGCACACACCCCAGGCAAAAGGAUCGACUAUGGCUGCCAGCUGGCCGUGGUCAUGGGGAAGCGAUGCCGUGAGGUGACGCCCAAGGAGGCGCUUAAUAAGGUCUUUGGCUACAUGGUCGUUCAGGAUAUUGUGGCUCGUGACUGGAAUGCCCUGCUCGGUGGUCGGAGCAUUGACAGCUUCCUGCCACUCGGACCCAUCAUCGUUCAUCGGUGUCAUGUCCCUGAUGUGAACAAUCUGUGGAUUAAAACGCUCGUCAAUGGGGAGGAGCGUCAAUCUGGUCACACCAGCAAUAUGAUCUUUAAGGUUGAUGCUCUCAUCCAUCGUUUGUCUCACUAUAUGACCCUGUGUCCAGGUGACAUUAUCCUCACGGGCACACCCGCAGGAUCGGCUGCCCAUUCCGAUUCGUUCCCUUUCCUUCAGCCUGGCGAUUUGGUCGAAACAGAGAUUCAAAAUUUAGGAAAAAUGUGUAAUAAAAUCAUAGAAGAUUGUGAGUCAAAUUAUAAAUAA